AUGGGAGCCAAGACGUCAAAACUUUCCAAAGAUGACCUGACAUGUUUGAAACAAUCCACGUAUUUUGAUAGAAGAGAAAUCCAGCAAUGGCACAAAGGGUUCUUGAGGGAUUGUCCUAGUGGUCAACUAGCCAGGGAAGAUUUUGUUAAGAUAUAUAAACAAUUUUUCCCAUUUGGUUCUCCUGAGGAUUUUGCUAAUCACCUUUUCACAGUUUUUGAUAAGGACAACAAUGGAUUCAUACAUUUUGAAGAGUUUAUUACAGUUUUAAGUACGACAUCCAGGGGAACUAUGGAAGAAAAGCUGAGUUGGGCUUUCGAGCUGUAUGAUUUGAACCAUGACGGAUAUAUUACCUUCGAUGAAAUGCUAACUAUUGUGGCGAGUGUUUAUAAAAUGAUGGGAUCUAUGGUUACACUGAAUGAUGAUGAAGCCACGCCUGAGUUAAGGGUAAAGAAGAUCUUCAAGUUGAUGGAUAAGAAUGAAGAUGGUUACAUUACGCUCGACGAAUUCCGAGAAGGUUCUAAAGUUGAUCCAUCUAUUAUUGGUGCCUUAAACCUGUACGACGGGUUAAUAUGA